CUCUUCCAAGUUGCGUACGUACUCAUCAAGAUGGGCAACUCCCCGCGACCUGGAGUGUGGGUUCUGGAACGCUCGGUCGACAACGGAGAAACAUACACACCGUGGCAGUAUUUCGCCGAUAGCCCUGGAGACUGCGAGAACUUCUUCGGGACGGAAACUCUUCAGCCAAUCGAGGAGGACGACGAUGUCACCUGUGUCACUCAGUUCUCGAAGGUGGUGCCGCUCGAAGGAGGAGAAAUCGUCGUGUCACUGCUGAACAACCGGCCGUCAGCGAACAGUUUCUUCAACUCGAGCGUCCUUCAGGAGUUCACGCGAGCCACCAACGUCCGGCUCAGGCUUCUGCGCACCAAGACCCUCCUGGGCCAUCUCAUGUCGGUGGCCAGGCAGGACCCCUCUGUCACCAGAAGGUACUUCUACUCCAUCAAAGACAUCAGUAUUGGAGGCAGGUGCGUGUGCAACGGCCACGCAGAUGUGUGCGACAUCACCGACCCCAACGACCUGUACAAGCUCCAGUGCCGGUGCCAGCACAACACCUGCGGCUCCCAGUGCGAGAUGUGCUGCCCGGGAUUCAUCCAGAAGAAGUGGCGGCCCGCGGGCUACCAGGACGGCUUCGUGUGUGAACCCUGCAACUGCUACGGCCACACAAACGAGUGCAUUUUCGACGAAGAAGUGAACCGACAGGGCCUCUCCAUCGACAUCUACGGCGUGUACGAGGGCGGCGGCGUCUGCCAGAACUGCCAGCAUAACACCGAGGGCAUCAACUGCGACAAGUGCAAGUCGGGCUUCUUCCGGCCGUACGACAAGGUGCUGAACGACACGGACGUGUGCCAGCCCUGCCAGUGCGACGUGUUCUACUCGACGGGCAACUGCGCGGAGGGCUCGGGCCAGUGCGAGUGCCGCCCCGAAUUCCUUCCUCCAUACUGCCAGGAGUGCAACGACGGCUACUACGACUACCCGGACUGCAAGCCGUGUGACUGCCACCGCAACGGCACCAUCGGGGGCGUGUGCGAGGUCGGCGGCGGGCAGUGCCCGUGCAAGGAGAACUACCAGGGCCUCAACUGCGACGAGUGCGCGCCGGGCUACUACAACUUCCCCGAGUGCCUCCCGUGCGACUGCAACGACAUCGGCUCGCUCAACGAGACCUGUGACAUCGUCACCGGGCAGUGCAGCUGCGAGAACAACUUCGGCGGGCGCGCAUGCGAGCGCUGCGAGCACGGAUACUAUGACUAUCCUUCUUGCACUUUUUGUAACUGCGAUGCUAGAGGAACCGAAGACGAGAUCUGCAACAAGGAGACAGGGGACUGCCUGUGCCUGGUCGGGUACAGCGGGAACCGGUGCGACGGCAGCGCCCCCGGCUUCUGGGGUUACCCUCUCAUCCAGAGCUGCGGCUGCCACGAGAAGGGCUCGGCCUCCUCGAUCUGCGACGCCUCCGGAGACUGCGCUUGCCUGGCGGGCUUUGCGGGGCGGGCGUGCGACCAAUGCAGCCCUGGCUACUAUAAUUUCCCUGAAUGCAUGCCGUGCAACUGCGACCAGGCGGGCAGCAUUGGGAUCUCCUGCGAUCACGACGGCAAAUGCCGCUGCAAACCCAACUAUGAUGGCAUUCACUGCGACAUGUGCAGAGAAGGCUUCUACAAUUUCCCCUUGUGUGAAGAAUGCAACUGCAACCCUGCUGGUGUUCUGGAAACCUUUGCUGGCUGCGGCAAUGCUCCAGUUGGGGAACUGUGUGAGUGUAAAGAGCGCGUCACAGGAAGGAUCUGCAACAUGUGCAAGUCUCUGUUCUGGAACCUUCGCUAUGACAAUCCUCUGGGCUGCGAAGACUGCGGUUGCCACACACCGGGAACCAUAGGCGGCGUGGCUUCCUGCGACUCCGAGACGGGCCAGUGCUUCUGCAAACCCGGAGUCACAGCGCGCAGGUGCAACGAAUGCCGCGACGGAACCUUCAACCUCCUGGACAAUAACCUCUUCGGCUGCUCAGACUGUGGCUGCAACCAGGGCGGCUCCGUUGACAACGUCUGCGAUAAGAUCAGUGGCCAGUGCCGCUGCAAACCGAGGGUCACCGGCCAGAGGUGCGACGAGGUACUGAAAUUGCAUUACUUCCCGACGCUCUACCAGCUGAAGUACGAGGCCGAGGACGGACACACGCCGCAAAACACCGCCGUCAGGUUUGGAUACGACGAGGAGGUUUUCCCAGGAUACUCGUGGAGGGGCUACGCCGUUUUCUCCGACAUCCAGAAGGAAAUCAUUCAUGAAGUGUACAUCGAGAAGCCGUCCCUCUAUCGCAUGCUGAUGUACUACCGUAACCCGAGUUCUAGGACGAUUGUCGGCACGAUCAAGAUCACGCCAGACAACCCUAGUGACACGGAACAGGAAGACACCGUGUACUUCCUGCCAACAUCAGGCCCAGAGCUCAUGACCGUCGUUCGUGUCCCAGGCGAUUUCCCCGUCCAUCUGGUCAUGAACCCUGGACGCUGGACGGUUUCCAUUGUCAACAGUCAGAAUCUUUUCUUGGACUACUUCGUACUUCUACCCGAGGCCUAUUAUGAAGGCACUAUCCUCACGGAGAACAUAACUACUGCUUGCAUGAUUGGCCAGGAUAAGAGCGAGAUGUGCCUGCAUUACGCCUAUCCAGAUAUUUUGCAAUACGAUUACAUCUACGGCUCCGCAGGUUACAAAAGUGUCGACGGGGAACGAUUAGCUGUUGACUUGUUCAGCGAUGACGAGAUCCUGGCAGAACUGGAGACGCAGCCGAUGGCAUGGCUGAACCACAACCAGCCCGAGGUCCAGUACGACAUUAGACUGGCCCGUGCUGGCCGGUACAUUCUGCUCAUCAACUACUACACUCCGUCCGGUGCAACGACCACCAACGUCAUUGUGGAAACGUCGACAAUGAAGGGCAGGGAGAAGGGCCGUGCCAUCUUGUACGAGUGCAUGUUUUCGACCACCUGCCGCCAAGCAGUCACUGAUCUGAGCGGUCAAGUGGGCGUCUUCCAUUUCGACAGCAACUUCAUCAGUGUGGAUGUCAAGGGCGAAACAAAUACCAACAUCGGAAUCGACUCCAUAGUGGCAGUUCCUUAUGACCUGUGGCACCAAGAUCUGGUGCGACCUCAGCCGAAGUGCACGCGCAAGGAUGGAGUGUGCCAAGAGUCAUUUUAUCCAUUCCCGCCUGAGACAACCAAGAUCGAGUUUGAAUCAAACCUGGAAGGGAAGAUGGUCUCUGAACUACCAGCAGGCAUGAAGGAAGGCACCAGCCUUGUGUACCUCAACCACAGUGACCCCAUGGUAGACAUCACAGGACAGCUAAAUUAUGCUGGAUAUUACGUCUUUGUUGUGCACUACUAUCAGCCAUACUAUCCAGAUGCUGAGCUGAAUGUACAGAUUGCUUAUGACAGUGAAGAAGAGUUUGAUCUCAAUGUGUUGCUGCAGAAUGGACAGUUUUACGAGGGAUCCCUCCCUGUGCAUCACUGUCCCAGUAUAUCAGGGUGCAGAGCUGUGAUUAAACAGACCGAUGGUUCUCAUGUUUUCGAUAUUUUGGAAAAUUUUGUUCUCUCACUAAAGGAGCCAAACCAUAAGUCUAUUUGGCUAGAUUAUUUGUUAGUGAUUCCAGCAGCACAGUAUACUGAAGAGGUACUGCAUGAACUCCCACAUGAUAAAACUGCAGAAUUCAUUAGGAUCUGCGGAGAGAAUAAUUUCAAUAUUCUGGCAAAUACUACAGGAUUUUGUAAGGAGGCUGCCUUCAAGCUGACAAUGGAUUAUAAUAAUGGAGCUCUGGAAUGCGAGUGUGACUUCUAUGGCUCAGAAAGCUUUGAGUGUGAAGAAUUUGGAGGCCAGUGCCCCUGCCGUCCAAAUGUGAUUGGCCGAAAGUGUAAUCGUUGCAAGACUGGUUUCUUUGGCUUCCCUGAUUGCAAGCCUUGUGACUGCCCCUCCACUGCACUUUGUGAUCCUGUGUCUGGUGAGUGUAUUUGCCCACCACGUGUUGAGGGUGACAGGUGCGAGCGCUGUGCCCCCUUCACCUAUGGAUUUGAUCCAAUCAUUGGAUGUGAAGAGUGCCAGUGUUCACCCCUUGGUGUUAGGGCUGGGAAUCUCCAGUGUGAAUUGGAAACUGGCCAGUGUGAUUGCAAGGACAAUGUAGUUGGAAGAAGGUGUGAGCGAUGUGAAGCUGGUUACUGGUCCUUCCCCUUCUGCCAGCUAUGUGACUGUGAUUUGCGAGGAACAGAAGCAGACAUUUGUAACCAGGAUGAUGCCAGCUGUUUCUGUAAGUCCAAUGUCCAGGGUCGUGCCUGUGAUGCAUGCCAGGCGGGCUCCUAUAACUUAGAAGAGAGCAAUCCAAAUGGAUGCACAAAGUGCUUCUGCUUUGGAAAGUCUGAAUACUGCUCAUCUGCUGAUGCUUACUGGGAGGAGUUGAUGAUGAAUGAAAUGACUGCCUGGGAGGUUGUUGUGGUAGAACAAACAUCUUCAGGUGAGAGUAGCUUGUCAUUCUCAUCCCUGGCGCAAGCACCUAGUCGUUAUGACGAGCUCAUUGUCCAAGACCUGUCGAACAUCGGAAACAUCUUCCCAGAGGGUCAUGUUUUCUUCUCUGCUCAUGAUAUAUAUCUUGGCAACAGCAUUUCAUCCUAUGGCGGUUUCUUCAGAUAUUCACUCUUGUUUGUGAGAGGAGAUAAUGGAACUGAGCUUACUGGUCCAGAUGUUAUCCUGACAGGAAGUAAUGUCAUUGCACUGUAUUAUUCUGAAUAUGAUCCAGCAACGUCUCAAGUGUAUGAUGGUUAUGUUCGGCUGACAGAACACAGCUUUAGAACACUGUCAGGAGCUCCACUGCAGAGGGAUCAGUUCAUGAUGUUGCUGUAUGGACUGGAUGGUAUAUUCAUUAGAGCCAGUUACUGGAGCAACUCUGUUGAAGCCAGGUUGUACAAUGUUAGUAUGGAAGCUGCAACUAUCACCUGGCCAGGACCAGGAGCUAGAUCAUCCUUGUCUGUUGAACUGUGUCAGUGUCCUGUGAAUUACCAAGGCUCAUCAUGUGAAGAAUGUGCUGAUGGAUACUAUAGAGCUCAACAAGGGCCUUAUGGUGGAUACUGUGUCCAAUGCCAGUGCAAUGGACAUGCAAGCACUUGUGACAAAGUGACUGGAAAGUGCUUGAAUUGCCUGCACAACACUGUUGGUGAUUACUGUGAGAUGUGUGCACCAGGAUACCAUGGAGAUGCUACCAGGGGUACUCCAUAUGACUGUCUUAUUUGUGCUUGUCCAAUGCCAUCAAUUACGAACAACUUUGCAGACAGCUGUGAGGUGACACGUGAUGGAGCCUCAAUAAAUUGUGACUGUCAAGAGGGUUACAUUGGACAAAGGUGUGAACGUUGUGCGUCAGGAUAUUAUGGCCAGCCAGAGGUUCUUGGAGACAAGUGCAGACCCUGUGAGUGCAAUGAAAACAUUGAAGUUGAAGAUCCCUUCGCUUGUGAUGACAUAACUGGACGUUGUCUAAAUUGCUUGAAUAACACCUAUGGAGACUCCUGCGAACGGUGUGCGCCUGGCUUCUAUGGUGAUGCUAUUACCCUAAAGAACUGUGAAAGUUGUACAUGUGAUGAGUGUGGUACAAGGAACUGCCAACACUUCUCUGGUGUUUGUGAGUGUUACGAAAAUGUCAUUGGGAAUGACUGUAGCGAAUGUGCUCCUGAUCAUUGGGGCUUUGCUUCGUGUCAGGGAUGUCAGCCUUGCACAUGUGGUGUUGCCUCUGUCAGUACACAGUGUGAUAGAGGAACAGGGCAGUGUGAAUGCAGAAGUGGGGUAGGAGGUCAGCGUUGUACUCAGUGUAAGCCUGGCUACUGGAACUACUCUGAGAGGGGUUGCCAAGAAUGCACAUGUCGAGCUGGCUUUAGCAUUGGUGUUGGGUGUGAUCCUCUGACUGGACAGUGUUCUUGCUUGCCCGGUGUGAUUGGAGCAAAUUGCGAUGGUUGCCCUUACAGAUGGGUUUUGAUUGAUGGUUUUGGAUGCCGUGAAUGUGAUGAGUGUGUUCAUGCCCUUCUCGAUACAACAGAUGAACUCUCACGCCUUAUUGAACCCACUAUUGUUGAAUUUGAGUCGGCAGCACACAGUUACUUCUUGAACCAGCGUCUUGAAGUCAUCAACUCAACAAUGAACGAGCUGAAACCAAAGGUGGCCCUUAUGGACAUUUCAGAGGAAGAUACCAAGCCCAUCCAAGAUGAACUUGAGGCCAUUAGGAAAGAGGCUCAGGCUGUGUCUGGAAGAGCAGGCAUUGUGUUGGACAGAGCAGGAGACUCAUCUACUGAAGGAUUUGGUGUGCACAAUGAAGCUCUGGAUGUAGAGAUGAAACUGAAUGAAGCUUUCUACACUGUACGUGACAUCAUCGGAGAGAUUAACAGGCUGGUCAUUGGCCUGGAGACUGGUGCAGGUGCCCACCUUGAGCAAGCCAUUAAUGAAGCAGAAAUUAUCGUAGACGUCAUGCAAGAUCGCAACUUUGAGGAAUUCCGUGAUAAGGUGGAAGUAGAAUUGGAAUUGGCCAAAGAACUGUUGGACAUGAUCAACCAGUUUGCUGAGCCAGUUAAGGAAUAUUAUAAGCAAGUUGGUGCUUACUCUGAUCAGCUAAAGGACUUUGAUAAAAAGCUGGAGGAAAUGCAAGGUUUCAUUCAGAAGGCCCAGAUGCAAACAAGAGAUGCUGAGGAAAGAAAUCGUAACAAUAGAUUAUUUGGCUAUGAAGCCCUGAAGAAGAAGAUUGAAGAAGCAAAUCGUGUAGGCAAGGAAGUAGAUGGUGGUUUGGAGAAGUCACGCAAUCUUGUUGAUGACGCAAACAAAAAUUACCUAAAUGCUUCAAUGAACUAUGAAGAGCUGUUGGUGGAGUUGGAACGCCUGCAUGCAGCCAAAUCCACACUCAAUACAACAGUGUUAGAAAUAGUACAGGAAUUAGAGGAAGCACAGUUACCAGCAAUGAAAGCUAAAGAGCAUGCAGAAGUGCUUAAAACAAGGGCUGAUGACCUAGACAGUCUGCUUGCUGACACCCGAGAAGUUUCUGAAAAGGCCCUCGCAGCUGCAAAUGCAUACAUGAACAUUGUGAAGGCAAUUGAAGAUGCACGCCAAGCUGCAGAAGCAGCAAAGGAAGCGGCUAUGAAGGCCCUGGAACUUUCAGGAGGUGUCAGUGAUGAUGCAGUUGUGUCGCAGAGGAAGUCAGAAGAGAAAUAUGAAAUGGCAGAGUUACGAUCCCAGCAGGUGGAAAGCGAGUUGCAGCCCCAACUUGCACAGGCUGAGAGUGAUGUCCGCACCCUUAGAGAUAUGAACACAUAUAUUAGUGAUACCGUUGUAGUGAUUGGCAGUGCAUUGGACAAGCUGCAGCAGGAAUCGAUUGCAGAUGAGGCCUCCAGUCUAAAGCAAAAUGCCAUUCAGUCAAGGGACGUUGCUGGGGAAGCCAUUCUAAGCAUAACUAAUGUAGAGGAGCAGCUUCCUGAUUCAUCAAAACGAGCUCGUCAGCUGAUGAAGAAUGUUGCUGAUGGGGAAAAGGCCAUUCAACUUGCAUACAGACAAGUGGAACAGGUAGAACAGCAGGUGCCAGAGAUGAUGGAUUUGGCAACCAGUUUACGCCAGAAGAAGGAAUCAAUCCAAGAGAAGGGCAUUGAUGUGGGCGACAGGCUCAAGGAAUUGCGCCAUUCCAUCCAGAAAACAAGAGAGCUGGCCAACAAGAUCAAAGUUGGCGUGGAAUUCCAGCCCAACACAACCAUUGAGCUCCAAAAUCCAGAGGAUCUUACAAAGGCUGCCACUUCCACUAAGGUAUCAAUGUUCGUGCGAACAGAUGAACCUUCAGGAUUGCUGAUGUUCAUGGGAACCCCAGUUGGAGGUAGCAAAUUGAUGCGCCGCACUAAAACAGAUGACUUCAUGGCCUUGGAAAUGGACAGUGGAUUUGUCCGUCUCACAAUGGACUUGGGUGAUGGCUCGUACUCCAUUGAGAACAAUAAGCUGCGCAUAGAUGAUGGCAUUUGGAGAGAAAUUAGGGUUGACAGAACGGGUAAGCUUGUGAAACUAAGCAUAGUUUAUGAAGAUGAGGACAAGAAUGAGGCAAUUGCAUCUGUAGAAAAUGAGUUACCUGGUACUUUCUCUGUCUUCAACCUUGAUCCGGGUGUGUCAAAGAUAUUCAUUGGUGGAAUUCCACCUGGAGUUCAGGUUGACCAGGCCAUACGUAGCACUUCUUUCUAUGGCCAUGUGGAAGACUUCAGGCUCAGUGAUCGUCCUAUUGGUUUGUGGAACUUCAUGUCUAAUGGCACCAACAACGUUCAACAACAUGGUGCUCUGGAAAGAGAUCGUCUUGUAGACUUAGUUCCUCCAACUGGACUAAGAUUUGAUGGUAAUGGAUAUGCAGCCAUGGACACACGCAAUGGCUACAGAUUCAAGAAGAAGUUUGAUCUGCAGCUUGACUUUAAGACAUAUGCAGAAGAUGGCAUCCUCUUCUUCAUUACUGGUGCUGAAAAUCAGUACAUAGCUGUUACCAUGGAAGAAGGCCAUGUGCUGUUCCAAUUCAACCUUGGAACAGGAGUGGCCACAAUGAGGUCAGAGGAGACCUAUCAGGAUGGAGAGUGGCACCAUGUGGAAGUUGCAAGAGAACAGAAUAGAGGCAUCAUGAAGGUUGAUGGAAAGGGAGUCCAAGGAGAAUCCCCAGGCAGUGCAAGGCUUUUCACAGAAGUCCCACAGAGAAUGUACUUUGGAGGAUUGCCUGGUGAACAUGAAUUUAUAGAUACGACAAAUGAUGAUUUUGAUGGGUGUAUCGAUCAUAUAGUCAUGUCUUCUGUAGCUGUAGACCUUUCUAAGAGUACAGAAACAUUGAGUACAGCACCUGGAUGCCCAGUUAAGGUGGCCAGCAUAGUAUCCUUUGAAAAGAUGGCUCCAGGCUAUGUGAAGCACACUAGUCCUGAUGGAACCGGCCUACAGCUCACCUUCAAAUUCAAGACAGAUCAGCCAGAUGGUCUCAUUUUCUAUACAACGACAAGGAAUCAAGACAGUUAUGUCUCUUUGUCACUGGCAGAAAGUGCUCUCAUUUUGAGAGCUGCUCCAGGUGGAGAGCUUAGCACAGGGUCCUACAAUAAAUAUAAUGACAGUGAAUGGCAUGUUGUCAAUGCUAUUCGUGAACAUAACCAGCUUCGCCUCCAUGUUGAUGACUUCGAAGAUUUCAAAGUGUCAGUUGCACAACCAGCAGUACCAUUUGAUGGACCUGUGUUCUUUGGUGGAGUACCAGAUGAGUACAAUAUUGCAGCUGCUGCAUCAGCCACAGACACUAACUUCUUUGGCUGCAUUGGUGAUGUCACUCUCAACAGCAAGAUUGUGAACUUUGCAGAGAGCAAUGACCGUCCAAGGGCACUGUUACAGAAGUGCCACCUUUUGAGAAGCUCAUCACACUUCCAGUCACCUACUUUCGGAGCUGGAAGAGAAACCAACACUAGUGCCCCGGGAGACACCCUCACCGUGCAGAUUCCCGAAGUCGUGGAAGUGGAUUUCGACUCCUCCUCUUAUCCUCCUCCCUAUGUUACCACUGAUUCCUCCCCUCAGCUUGUCACCUCUGCUCCCUCCCUAUUCCCCACCGUUCCUUCCACUACCACUGAAAUAGUCACUAGCACAACAGAGGAGAUCCUGGCAACAGGAGAUGAGACUGUCUUUGCUGAAAGCUGUGCUCUUCCUGUUGAACCUUCAGAGGAAGUACUUGAUGAAAGUGCUGGUUUCCGCUUUGACGAAGAUCACCCGGUCGACUUGAAAUUUG